AUGGUCACUCCUCUGCUACGAAAAUACGAUAUACGGUCGCACUAAUUACGCACAGAAAAAAGGCAAACAAUUUUCUUGUGCCCGAAAAAAAGAGAUAAUAACGAGUUUAAAGUCCGGAGCAAGGCGCAAGGCAGCAGCACAAGAUGACCGACUCCAAGUACUUCACCACGACCAAGAAGGGCGAGAUCUUCGAGCUCAAAUCGGAGCUGAACAAUGACAAGAAGGAGAAGAAGAAGGAGGCCGUGAAGAAGGUGAUAGCCAGCAUGACCGUGGGCAAAGACGUGUCCGCCCUCUUCCCAGACGUAGUCAACUGCAUGCAGACAGACAACCUGGAGCUGAAGAAGCUGGUCUACCUCUACUUGAUGAAUUACGCCAAGUCCCAGCCGGACAUGGCCAUCAUGGCGGUAAAUACGUUCGUUAAGGAUUGCGAGGACUCCAACCCACUAAUCCGCGCUCUGGCCGUCCGCACCAUGGGCUGCAUUCGGGUGGACAAGAUCACGGAGUAUCUGUGCGAGCCGCUGCGCAAGUGCCUCAAGGACGAGGAUCCGUAUGUACGCAAAACAGCCGCCGUGUGUGUGGCCAAGCUGUACGACAUCUCGGCCACGAUGGUUGAGGAUCAGGGUUUCUUGGACCAGCUCAAGGAUCUGCUGUCGGACUCAAAUCCCAUGGUGGUGGCCAAUGCCGUCGCCGCGCUCAGCGAAAUCAACGAGGCCAGCCAAUCGGGACAGCCGCUGGUGGAGAUGAACUCUGUUACCAUCAACAAACUGCUCACGGCCCUCAACGAGUGCACCGAAUGGGGUCAGGUCUUCAUCCUGGACUCGCUGGCCAACUACAGCCCGAAAGACGAGCGCGAGGCACAAUCGAUCUGCGAGCGAAUCACUCCUCGCCUGGCCCACGCCAAUGCCGCAGUUGUGCUUAGUGCCGUGAAGGUCCUGAUGAAGCUGCUCGAAAUGCUCUCCAGCGACAGCGACUUUUGUGCCACGCUCACCAAGAAGCUGGCUCCCCCACUGGUCACCCUGCUCUCCUCAGAGCCGGAGGUUCAGUACGUGGCUCUCAGGAACAUCAAUCUGAUCGUCCAGAAGCGCCCGGACAUCCUCAAGCACGAAAUGAAGGUGUUCUUUGUCAAGUACAACGAUCCCAUCUACGUGAAGCUGGAGAAACUUGACAUUAUGAUCCGGCUGGCCAACCAGAGCAACAUCGCCCAGGUCCUUAGCGAACUGAAGGAGUACGCCACCGAGGUGGACGUCGACUUUGUGCGAAAGGCUGUGCGAGCCAUUGGUCGCUGCGCCAUCAAGGUGGAGCCCUCGGCGGAGCGAUGUGUCUCCACGUUGCUCGACCUCAUCCAGACGAAGGUCAACUACGUGGUCCAGGAAGCGAUUGUGGUCAUCAAAGACAUCUUCCGCAAAUAUCCCAACAAGUACGAAAGCAUUAUCAGCACCCUGUGCGAGAACCUGGACACGUUGGAUGAGCCGGAGGCACGCGCCUCGAUGGUUUGGAUCAUUGGCGAAUAUGCCGAACGUAUUGACAAUGCCGACGAACUGCUGGACAGCUUCCUUGAAGGAUUCCAGGACGAGAACGCCCAGGUGCAAUUGCAGCUGCUGACAGCGGUGGUGAAACUAUUCUUGAAACGACCAUCCGACACCCAGGAGCUGGUGCAGCACGUGCUCUCGCUGGCCACCCAGGAUUCGGAUAAUCCCGACCUGCGGGACCGAGGAUUUAUCUACUGGCGACUGCUGUCCACGGAUCCGGCUGCCGCCAAGGAGGUGGUGCUGGCUGACAAGCCUCUGAUCUCCGAGGAGACCGACUUGCUGGAGCCCACUCUGCUGGACGAGUUGAUCUGCCACAUCAGCUCGCUGGCCAGCGUCUACCACAAGCCGCCUACGGCGUUCGUGGAGGGCCGUGGUGCCGGAGUUCGCAAGUCGUUGCCCAACCGAGCCGCUGGCGCUGGAGCCGGAGUAGGCAGCGAGCAGCCCGAGAGUGCCUCCAAUUCGGAGGCCAUGGUCAUUCCCAACCAGGAAUCUCUUAUCGGUGACCUGCUCUCCAUGGACAUCAACGCUCCCGCCAUGCCAGCCGCUCCGGCGGCUACCAGCAAUGUAGACCUGCUGGGCGGUGGUCUGGACAUCCUGCUGGGCGGACCGCCAGCCGAGGCGGCGCCAGGUGGUGCCAGCAGCCUCCUGGGUGACAUAUUCGGCCUGGGCGGUGGCUCCCUCUCCGUGGGUGUACAAAUACCCAAGGUGACGUGGCUGCCGGCCGAGAAGGGCAAGGGUCUGGAGAUUCAGGGAACCUUCUCGCGGCGCAACGGCGAAGUGUUCAUGGACAUGACCCUGACCAACAAGGCCAUGCAGCCGAUGACCAACUUUGCCAUCCAGCUCAACAAGAACAGCUUCGGACUGGUGCCAUCGUCGCCUCUGCAGGCUGCUCCACUGCCGCCAAAUCAGAGCAUCGAGGUGAGCCUGGCCCUGGGCACUAACGGGCCCAUUCAGCGCAUGGAGCCGCUGAACAACCUGCAGGUGGCCGUGAAGAACAACAUUGACAUCUUCUACUUCGCCUGCCUGGUUCACGGCAACGUGCUCUUCGCCGAGGACGGGCAGUUGGACAAGCGCGUCUUCCUAAACACCUGGAAGGAGAUACCCGCCGCCAACGAGCUGCAGUACAGCCUAAGCGGCGUCAUCGGCACCACCGAUGGCAUAGCCUCCAAGAUGACCACCAACAACAUCUUCACCAUUGCCAAGCGGAACGUGGAGGGUCAGGACAUGCUCUAUCAGUCACUCAAGCUGACGAAUAACAUCUGGGUGCUGCUGGAGCUGAAGCUCCAGCCUGGCAAUCCGGAUGCCACGCUCAGUCUCAAGUCGCGCUCCGUGGAGGUGGCCAACAUUAUUUUCGCCGCCUAUGAGGCCAUCAUCCGUUCGCCUUAAGCUGUCGGAGAAGGAGGAGGAGGAGGAGUAUAUGUACCCAAGGAUCCAAUAUUAGAGCAACAAGAAGUGUAGUCUACGUAUUAUUAUUACUAUUAUUAUUGUGUAUUGGCGGUUUAGCAUUAUUUAUGCCGUUACAUUACAUUAAAAAAUAUGCAUAUACACACACAUAUACAAGCCAAUCAGGUUGCAACGUAAAGUGUUAAUUGUUAAAUAUAAAUGUGACGUUUAGCGGUGACGAUAAAUAACCACGCCUUCCGGCUCCGACGCCGCCCGUCGGUGGCCACAGUUCCGGCGUUGCUUGAUCGCAUUCCAAAACUUUUUAACCCCCAUUUAUGCACUGCGUCCAUGUUUAUGUACGUGUCCUAGUAAAAAUGUAUAACAUAACUCACCAUAUAUACUCGAGAAAUUGA